AUGGAUGUCGGAGGUGACUCAUCUCGUUGGAUGGUGGUCAACGGCACCGGUGGUGGUGUGAAUGGGAACGGUAGUGGCCAGCAUCCCAAUGGGGGUUCUGGUGUCGGUAGCGGUGGUGGUGGUGGUGGUAGUGGUGGAACUGGCUCUGCAACAGAUACCAGUGGCCACUACGGUAGCCUCGCUCACCAUCACGGUUCUCUGUCGGGCACCACCGCCGGAGUUACGGGGGAUCGCAUCCCGUCCGCUCACUCCUCAUCAUCCGUAGCUCCUCUUCAUCUAGGCGACUCCGCACAAUUUGGUGUCUCGCAUCAUGAUGAGGUGGAUGUAUACUAUCACCACUCCGGUGGUUUAGACGGCAACACCACGAACCACGUCGGGGCUUCAGCGGCACAUCACGCCGCAGCCAGCUAUUAUUCGGGAUCGGCCGCAGCGGCUAGAGCAGCAGCCAUGCAUGGCUACAGACCUUCACACGGUCCGAAAUUUGCUUUAAAUAAAGCAGGCACAGACCUGUUUGUGUGUUUAUUAGUACCAAUCCAACUUGAACAGCAAGGAUUACUGGUCCCGCGAUCCAAUUUUGCAGUGUCUGCUAAACCUAUUUUAGGGGCGGGGGUUAUUGGGGCUGGAGUAGCAAGCAGUCAAGUUUGCAGACCCCAUUUCCACACGCCAACGUUUCAGUGGUUGGACAGCGGAAAGUCCCUUCACGGGGUCCAAGGAUCAGGUGCUUGGUGUGGUGGUCCAUUUGGAAGUUCAGCAACUCAUCCCGGUCCUACAAGUUCCUACACGUUACCGGCAUCGACGCCAAUCCAACCGAGUUCGCACGGUCACCCAGGAUCCGUCCCUUCUGCUGCUACACAUCAGGGCAACGCAGCGGCUGCCGCAGCAGCACACUACUUCAGCUUCCCUCCGACCCCACCAAAGGACAACACCCCAGAUAACAUAAUUACCCCCGUGAGCAUACACUCGGCCAACACCGACUACGGAGCCGAGCUCAAGAACGGGACAUCGUCGACCACGGGCAAACACAUUCAGUGUAAUACGAGUAACGGCGUGAGUUCCUUGGCGUCGACUUCAGCCAUGAGUUCCAGUGCACUAGACUCGGCCUAUUCGCAGGCACCUCACCAUGUACCUGCGGCUUAUGCGUCGUUCAUGUCUGAAUUGCCAAACAGCGCUCUGAACUUUCACCAUCCAGGAGUAAUGGGGAACAGAGGUUUAGCCCCAGCACCCAAACCAAGAAACAAAAGCAGAUCCACAACAGAAGGCCGAGAAUGUGUAAACUGCGGCGCCACCUCAACACCGCUGUGGAGACGGGAUGGUAAUGGUCACUAUCUUUGUAAUGCAUGCGGUCUCUACCACAAAAUGAAUGGACAGAACAGACCGCUUAUCAAACCAAAACGGAGAUUGUCUGCUAAACGAACGGGGACAUCAUGUGCAAAUUGUCAAGCUACCGCCACAACGUUGUGGAGGAGAAACCCCAACGGAGACCCUGUCUGCAACGCCUGUGGGCUCUACUACAAACUUCACGGGGUAAGUACCUUUUCAGUAAAUUAGACGGGUUUCUUUUUUUUUCGAAUGAGGUGCAGUCGUGAGCUGCUGAAUAGAGGAUAUACUGUUAGUUGUAUACGGAACAUGCCUCUGCAUGGAGAUCGCUUUUUCUAAAAAUUGUCUUUCGCAUUUGCCCAACUAUUCGCACUCCCCCCUUUUUUAUAUUAAAUAUGUUAAAGGAAUCAAGCACUACCACACUAUAUUUCAUGUGUAUCGGGGGGGGGGGGGCAUAAUAAAAUCUAAAUAGCAUACAAUUUGUAAUUUCUAAUUUUUUAAAAAUAUAUUCAAUUUAAUUUUACUGACUAUUGAUUAGCAUGGAACGUCGAUGUUUUAAUGAAAUUAAUAACAACUACAAACAGCACGAGGGAAAAAAUAACGAAAAAUUAAUUCUACUUUUUUAUGGUACAGAUGAAAAAGAGUUUCAUAUUGUUAUAGGCAGUCAGUGCAUGUUCAUUUGCUUCCGUUUAUUGUCAAUACGAAACUCUGUAUAAUGGGACAAGCGCACACUUUGUAACUUCCGAUCAGCUUGGUGCAUGAAAUGAAAAUGGUUCAACUGAAAUUCACAAGGUCAAUCCCGAACUUCCGUAUCUCUUUAUUGAUUGCGGCUCAACCAGAUAUUCAAAUUUAUAGGAGGAAUUACAUCAACAUCAGUGAAAUUCAGUUAUUGUAAUUAUCAUAUUUUGCUACCGAGCCUGAUGAAAAUAAAAUUAAAUAUAAAGCAAAGAAUGCCAGACUAUCGCGUUCAAGUUAGCUAAGGCUAACAAAAUAUGGCUAAUAGUCAUUACAAACAAACGUCUUAUUUUUUUAUUGUUCGAAGCAGUCAACUUUAACAAUUAGAGCAAUUGUCCAAAAUUUAUUGCCUGUGACACCAAAGGGGGAAAAUGCAUUCGGUGGGUGUAUUUGUGUAUAAUCACUGCACUAGGUUUGAUGAAGCAUUCUUAAAGUCAAUGCAUCUUUGAACAUUUAAGGGUUGCUGGUUGCUUGACAAUUUUUGUAGACUCAUCUUAGAAAAUAGACAACUUCUGUUUGAGAGAAGAAAUGGUUAAGACUUUUCUGAGGACAAUUAUGACGAAUAACAUGACGAUGAAAAGUUCAGGUGAAAAAGAUCAUCCUUGGGGGACCAUCAAUAUAAUAUGUCCUCCAUCUGUCGUACCGUCAAGUUAACUCAAGACCCACCUAACCAUCCGUUAUUCAUCUCUCUAUUCUAAAUUCUCCGCCCAAUUUAUAAUCUCCACACGGAGUUGGGGUCAAGAAGUGCUAACUUCUGGUCGGAAUUACUCCGACACGUCCCUUUCUAUGUCGACCUAAAAGUGCUGAUGUCACUUGGACUUGAAGGUGCUAGAAGGCUACCGAAAAUGAGUCUUGAUAAUGAACAACAAUCUUUCCAAGACUCCUCUGGGAUGGGGACACUAGAAAAUAUGGAAGCAAUCAUUACCCAUGCCAUAUCUAGACCUGUAUUCUCUGCUUCUAAGAUGGUUUUUGACAUUAAUCCUCCAUUGGUUUUCCCGAAGGACGCCAUUUAUGCAUGAAACAUAUCUACGGUGUUCUUAUCGUCAUCAGCAGACGCGCAUUUAUAUAUUUUCUUUUACUAUUGUGAGUGACCCCGUGAUGUGAACUUUUCAGGGCGAGGGGCGGACAGUUAGAAAUUCGAUUGGUCAUGCAAAAUAGGGUAGAAAUAUGUAAUGAUCCGUCAAGAUAGUGCAGCCCAACAUUCAUAUAUCAUAAUAAUCGGCGAAUGUGUUUCCACAGUCGAUUCACAUGAUUAGGAAAGGAAUAGAGGCGAGAGUGCCCAAACUAUUUUUUUACAAAUAAGAAAAAAAAAGUAUAAAAAAGUAUAAAAAAAGAGUAUUAUUAAAACGAAUUAUAAGGGAGAACAAAAAUUCCCACAAUAGAACAAAUAUUAUUGUCAAUUGAAACAAUUAAAUAAGGCCUGGCCCCAAUGUCACGAUGAAUGGAGAACAAAUAAUCAUGUUUACCAAAUUUCUAAUUACGUUUGUGCUAAAAAAAAGCC